AUGGAUGCGGUAUAUCCAGCUGCAGCGUCAGUUCUGACCCGCGGAAGAAGGCGAAGACGAGCUGAGCCUCGUCUACGUUACCAUACAAUGCCAGUUACCUUUGCUGAAAUCAAGGAAGUAGAUGAAGAAAAAGAAAACGACGAGAAAGUGCCGACAGCAAUCAGCUCAUCCAACGUAUCUGCAGCGAACAUAGAGGAACGGCGAAGAAGACCCGACGUUCUUGAUGAAACUCUCAGUAGACAGUUUACCGAGUUUCGGAACAGAAGAACGAGGCGUCGACGGGACAUUUUACAAGAGACAGACGAAAUCGAAGACGCGCGAGCUCAGAGCGAACCCAGCGAUGCUACCGCCCUUCCUACUUAG